UCCAUUAAUGUGAAUCUGGCAAUCGUUUUAGAUUUGUUGUGUAUUUAUGGGUACAGAAAUUUUUUUAUUUCAAUACUGUCAAAUAUCGGCUUUAUUUUUCUCUUUUAAAAUGUGAUAUUAAAACAUAUCUUAAAAAAACAAUUCCAUAACAUCACAAUAUGUCAUAAUCAAGGUACUAUUCAAGUAUGUGAGGACCACGAAGGAACAAUGUAGUUUUAAUUUGUAGAAGGAUGUUCUUAAUUUCCUACUAGUGUAUACAACAAUGGUUAUCAGAUGAAACUCAUCAACUGGUUUGAUCAUGGACACUAUCUUAUCAGAAUUCAUUGCACGCACAUCAGCUGAUCCUGGAUUAGCAAGAGAUCUCUUAGAAGGACAUGAAUGGGAUUUACAAUCAUCUCUCUCAGCAUUUUAUAUGCUGAAAGGCAUAACUCCAGGACCCAAGCCAAAAGAAUCUGCUUUGCCAAUUAAACUUUCUGGAGGCCACAAACAGCACCUGGAAGUUGAUAGUUACAUGUCUUCAAAAUCAUCUCACCCAAAAGAAUCUUCGCCUGAUAUCGAUGAAAUUGGAAAUAAAAGACUGUCCAGAGGAAUAUCCAGAGCUACUGAAAAUGUUAAUCUGGUGUCUAGAGCCCGAAGCAAGCUUGCUAAAGAAUUUGUUGCCACUACCUCUGAAAAACAUCAAGUUAUGUCUGGACUUGAGACACCUGUAUAUACAUUUUCACUGCCUGAUCUUUCUAUAUAUCCUACUGAUUUUAGAGAAUUUCUUGAAAAGGACUUGAUAGAAACAUCUACUUUAGUCUCACUGGAAAAUGCAGGACGUUUGAAUUGGUGGGCUGAAAAAGGAACUUGUCAAAGAUUAUGGCCCUUAGCUACUACUGGAGAUGGAAAUUGUUUAUUACAUGCUGCAUCACUAGGUAUGUGGGGAUUUCAUGAUCGAUUACUAACAUUAAGAAAAGCAUUACAUAGCCUCCUGUCAAAUAGCACAUUCACUGAGGCUUUCUACAGGCGAUGGAGAUGGCAGGUUUCAUUGCAAAAUAAAGAAGCUGGAUUAGUUUAUUGUGAAGAAGAGUGGAAUAAGGAGUGGCUGACUUUACUGAAAAUGGCUUCCACUGAACCCCGCCUUCAUCCAUGCCAAAAAAGAAGCUUUUCUGACAGUUCUAAUAAAGGGCCACUGUUAGCUGUACCAGAAGAUGACAUUCAACCUGAUGUUUAUGAAAGCUUAGAAGAAUUCCAUGUCCUAGCCCUAUCUCAUGUGCUGCGCCGGCCAAUAAUAGUUAUCGCAGACACAGUACUAAAAGAUGUGACUGGUGAACCAUUUGCUCCCAUUCCAUUUGGUGGUAUUUAUUUGCCUUUAGAAUGCCCUCCAGCUGAUUGCCUUCGCUCUCCAUUAUGUUUAACUUACGAUGCUGCUCAUUUUUCUGCUCUUGUUGCUAUGGAGAAAGAAGCAUAUGCUGAUAAAACUCCACAUCCUCCUGCUGCUAUUCCUUUGAUAGACCCAGAGCAUAAACUUUUGCCAAUUCAAUUUGCUGUUGAUCCAGGAGUAGAGGUCAGAUGGGGUCAAGAUGAAAAUGACCCCAUCAUAAUCUCUAAAUUGACUCUUACUGAUAAAGACAAACUUGGUCUGCUUCACGAAUACCUGGACAUAAUCGAAUUGCCAGUGUUUGGAGUUUCUAAACAAGACUCUGUAGAUUUUCAAGAAGAAGAUUCUAUGUCCAACAGUACUGAUAUUGAUAGAAGUUCCGCAGCGGGAAGUUUUGAUUCUGACGAUAGCAAUAUGGAUAGAGGGUCAGGUAGCUCUAGCCCUGGGGGCUUACUAUCUCUCCAAAGAAGUAAAGCCACUAGGCAACUUCAAAGUGUUGCCAAACAAUUUGGCAGCAUUGGAAGGACAAUGAGCAAAAAAAUAAAGAAAAAUUUUGGUAGUUUUACACGAAGAGCUUCUUUUAGAGGUACUCCAGAGAGUAAAUCUGUUGACUCGCUAAAAAACAGCAAAGUCAAAGACCCCACUUUACUCUCUAUUCGCCUGUCUGCCAGCGGCAUCGUCGGAACUCCGGAUAACAUCAUUGCAGCAGUUAUUCACACCGACAACAGGCACGAGUACCAAGAAGAAAUGAUAAGAAACUACCUAAAUUCUGCCAGAUGUCGAUUCCUAAAAGAAAAAAGCAAAAAGAAGCAAGAUGGAGUAACAGAAACAACUCGGAGUGAUCAGCGAGAUUGUUCUUCACCUUGCAUCAAACCUGGCUGCAAACUUAAUGGAUCUGUGGACACUCAUUAUAUGUGUUCAAGUUGCUAUAGUCAGCAAAAAUCUCAUACAGUGGAAGAGAGUAGGUGCAAAAACUCUCCUCCAAGACAUUUGAAAAGCAAUAAAACAUCUGCCAGUGAGGGAGGUAGUGAUUCUGAACGUCGCACUGCACCUGACAAAGUGACCUUAGUACCAAAAUCAUCCAGUUCAUCUGGAAAAUCGUCUAGGUGUAAAGAUUCAAAUAGUUCAUCACCAAGUUCAAUCUCAUCUGGGAGUGGUGUUAAAUCAGUGACUAAAACUAAAGUGCAUCUUGAUACAAUCUAGGUGCAGGAAAAAAAAGCCUUAUAUAUGCUUGUCAAUUAGUUUUGGUCAUAUUUCCUUGGAAAAUAUUUGUUGAUGUAAAAAAGUAGGCAUCUAGCGCUGUUUUCUUUCUUGUUUAAUCAAAUCUGUUUGAUCCUGAAAAAAGUACUGAAAAAUUUUACUUGCAUAUUUCAUAAAAGGAAAGUAAAGAAUUUAUUUUCCAACUUUUAAGUUACUUAUGAACCAUUAUUGAAAAAUAGUUUUUGAGCAGCUACUUUUUAAAAUUAAUUUUCCUGAGCAUUUAUUCUAAAAAUAAGACUAGAAUUAUUUAUUGUUUAAAUAUUUGUUUUUUAAUAAAAUGAGACACGUUAAAUUACUUCAGUAAUAAAUUAUUUAACAGAUAUAGAUAAGACUAUUGCUAUCAUGCCAAAUUGUAAUAAAAUAUUUCAUUUGGCAACAAAAUUAGCAAUCAUAUUCAUCUAAUUGCAGGGGCUAAAAGAAAAAUUUUAAAGUUUAGUGGGAUAAUAGUAGAUGUUAAUAGUUUCAAAACUGCAUUUGAAAUAUAGACUUCAAAUAAAAACUAAAAAAUGCUGGAAAAGUGAAAUAUUUUGUAUUAUCUCAAAAUACCUAAAAUAAAUUUUCCUGAAAUUUCUAGGCAAUUUCUAUAACCAAUAGUUCAGUAACUGAGAAAUGGAGAUAGCUUUUUUAUUUUUUGCUUAUUACCCAAAUUACUAAGAUAAACCAAAAGCUUGUUGAUUGUGCGAAAUUUAAAAGGUUGCUUAUUUAAAAUAUAAAUGUAACGUCCACCAGGAUUUAUUGUUAUGGAACAAAAGUCUUAAUGAAAAGUAGUUUGUUUCAUAAAGACCUAGUUUUACUUAUUAUUUUUUUUACUCGACAAUCACAAGAAAAAUCACCUAAUGCUAGUUAGUCAAUAGAUCUUUGAACAUUAACAAAAAGUUGCCAAGAAUGUAUGACUGAAAAUCAGUGAUAAGUAUCUGUAUUAUAUUGGUGUAUAAAAACUGAAAGAAAUUAUUAUAUCUAUUCCAAAGAUUAGACUUAUCAAUCACUCAUUUGAGCUGCACUUGAUAUAUUUUUUUUUUAUAUGUACGUAUUCCAUUUGCAUGUUUGUUAAUGGGUGUCUUUGUGAUUUGUAAACAAGGAAACACCUCCAAAUAUUUAAAUUUUGAGUUCAUUCAUUUAUUUAUAAUUGGUAGACUUUAUGAAGAUGCAAGUGAGGAUGGGAUUUAAAUUAUUGGAGGUGGUCUUUAACAGAUCCAUGUUUCCUAAGACACCCAUUAUUUCACUUCAAGUUUGUUAACAUUUUUCUGGUGAUUAUGCAAUAUUUGUGAUGUCCCGUGUCACCUUAUCAGUAUUAAAUAAUCACUCAGAAAUUGUUAUUAUAA